AUGGCAGCAGACACCGCGCUCACGUCCGUACUGAGCUCUUCCAGCUUCUACACGUUGUGCGGCUCCAACGUACGAAAGACAAAAGGGUCCGCCUCCAGCUUCGGGGGUGCAGUCACGUGCACGGGGUUCACUCUCAGUGCAUCCGGUACUGGAAAUACGACGACUAUGACAAACUUUUCCCCUGUCUCAACUGGAAACUUCCAAGUCAGCUACUUUGGGGUAUCGCAAACGGGCUCGUACAACUGUGCCUGGCAUCUCUUCAAAAACACAGGUGGCUCUGGAUCUACGUCCAACUACGCCGCAUUCGGGGUGCAGGGGUACGGUGUCGGGACCGGUUCGUUCAACGCAUGUGGCAACGGCAACUUUGGCGUCUGCACGGCUUCCCCAUCUUACACAUUGGACGUCAAUGGCACGCUCUGGGCGAGUUCCAACUUUGCAGUUUCCGGGGGCACGGUCACUCUUCCCUCCGGGUCCGUUGCAGCAUCCGCCAUUGCGAGUUUGGACGCAUCCAAGAUCACUACGGGAACGUUCUCUGUAGGGGCAUUCGGUACGAACCUUUCCACCACUGGAGCGCUUACUCUGCCCGGAUUCUACUACAAAUCGUACACCAUUGCUUGCGACACGACCGCUGACUGUGCCUACGAGUUCGCAUCCUUUACGACAGGAACAGCCACCACUCUCGAUGUGACCAUAGUGUCGCCCAAGACCACUGGCACCGAAUUCACAAAAAGGUACUCGAUCACGGUGGGGAGUAGUCUGCUGACGGCAGAUGGUGCCUGGAGGCGAUGCAUACCAUUGUCCGCUCACAACGGGCACCCCUUGGACAACGACUACGAGCUGCACGUGUCAUCGCCAGGCACGAACAGUGUCCCUGGUGGAUCUACCUAUGACCUGAGGCUUCGACUGCUACACAGCAUGGCAGGGGCCAUAGCUUCUACAUUAACCGUGAACGUAACAGCUUACUAUGCCCAGGAUGGACUCUUUGCGACUUCGACUCUGUCGAGUAUCUAUGUGGAUGACACCUGGAGGACGCUCAGCUAUCUGCCCUCGACCGCCAUGAAACAAUAUGGAGGUCAGGUGGGGUUGGGAACCACCAGCCCAUCCUACAAGCUAGACGUGGCCGGAAGCCUGCAUGCAUCCGGGGCAGUCACGUUCGAUUCGACCCUGACGGCUGGGGCAGUUUCUACAUCAGGGGCGAUCACCACCACGGGAACGGGGACAAAGUACUGGAAUGCUACGACUCAAGGCCAAUACAGUGCUACGCCCGGAACUCUUUACAAGAUCGGGGUGCUUCCGGCUAUCGGCGAGGCCUCUGGUGGUGGAGCGGUGAGGAUUUGCGGGUCCAUGGGAGGCUUUGGGACCAAUCAGAGUGUUACGGUAGACUGCACAAUCUCUUCGCGAGGAGUCAACCCUGGAAGCAGUGCAACAUACGACCUGGGCACAAGUGCUCUCGCAUGGCGCCAUGAGUACCUCUCGGGAAAUCGCUUCUGCUCUGGAAAUGCUGGAUUUACAGCAAACAGCACGGCUGCGCUCACACCGGCUGCCCCGUUCCAUUUCUUUGGCGCCCAGGACGCAAAUACAAACACCAUGAUCAUCGGAAGUACUUCGACAGCAACGGGGCUGAUCCUCGAAGACAUCGUGAAUGCAAAAUGGCGAAUCAACACAGGCGGUUAUGCGCUCACUUUCUCCCAACAGACUAGCGGGACCACCAGCUCGUAUGGUACUGCAAACUUUACAACUCGCGUAACUUUCAGCAGCAACACUUAUGUCACUGCAGCACGAAAUGUGUAUGCUGGCUCGACCGUGUAUGCAAACAACGUGGCCCUGACUUCGGAUGCGAGGCUCAAAUCCAACGUGCAGCCAAUCCAGAGGGCCUUGGAGAGGGUCUGCAGGCUUGCCGGCAAGACCUUUGACUUUACGCCUCCCAACGUGACGCAAACACGCUCCAACGUCUCUGGGUUCAUCGCUCAGGAAGUGAAGGACGUCUUUCCAGAGUGGGUGGUUGCGUGGGACAAUGACAGCAACGUGCAGCCCGGUCAGGAACCCAUGCUCGGAAUCGAUGUGGGGUAUGGCCUCCAAGCGCACCUGGUCGAGGCGGUCAAGGAGCUUCGGAGCGAGAAUGCGGAGCUUAGGGCGACAGUUGCACGGGUCACCGAGCAAUCUGAGGAAGAGGAGCUGCGGUCACUGAGGCAAGAGGUUGCGGAGCUUAGGGACUUGGCAGCCUCGUUGGUGAACAGGGUGACAAUCCGCGAACAGAGGGAAGGCUUGCAGUCUUAG